AUGGCUGACCAAGAGAGCCCAACAGCGACCCAUAACUCGCCUCGCACGUGGCUCCUCACUGCAUCGCUAUCACCAUUGGCCGUGCGUCUGAUCCGGCAGUUGCUUUCUCACGGCGACUGUGUCGCGGCCUGUUUCCCUCCUUUGGAGAUAGAGCACGAGGAGCGAAGUGCCGAGUUUCGUGAGCUCAUCAAUGAGUGCACUAGUGGGCGGAAAGACCGGGAGGGAUGGAAGGACAGGAUCCGCGCCGUCGACGUUUUCGGGAGGAUUGAUAUUCUCUUGUGCUGUCGGUCGGAAGCUGUUGUUGGGACCGUGGAGGAGCUCUCUACCAACCUCGCCACCCAGAGCCUGGCACGAGACCAGUUCGAGACCUUGUUCUUUUCGCAAGUCAAUUUCAUCAAGGCCGCUUUGCCACAGCUCCGGGCCCAGCAUACCGGCCACAUCAUGGUCCUCACCAGCACCGGCGGCCACAUUGGCACGCCGCACAUGUCCAUGUACACCGCGGCGACGUGGGCGCUCGAGGGCUUCUGCGACUCCCUCGCCUACGAGGUUGCUCCCUUCAACAUCAAGGUCACCAUUGUCCAACCAAACAAGGAGAUUCAGUCUCUCACAAAUCGCAUUGCAUUUGCUCCGCAGAUUCCCGCUUAUGCCAGCAGCUUCGCCGAGGCGCCCAGCGUUCGGGAGAUGCUAACUACCGUUCUCAACUCGCACCCCGACACGGCGGUCCCGCCGGGCGAAGCUGUGGGUGAGAUUUUUUACCGCUAUCCCAAACUGCCGCCAUCGUCAAUCGACAAACUAGUAAACGAGACAAUUUACGCCCUGACGGCCAUUGGCGGGCACGAGAACCCGCCCUCGCGACACAUUGUGGGAACCGAAGGGGCAAACGCAGUAAAGGAGAAGCUAAAGACUGUUACGGAAGAAAUGGAGGACUUUGUCGAAGCGAGCCUGGCCGUGGAUAUUUUUGAGAGCGAGCUAACUGAGGAGGCAAGGGACGACAGGAAUCGUGGUGCUAGCCAAACGCCGGCUGCGAGCCAGACUCCGGCCACGGGACCAUCUACGACUGCGUCCACCAACACAUGA